UGCUGCCCCCUCUGACGCUCCAACAUUUGCCUGCCUGAAAUCAUCCAGCGUGUGCGUAUGUGUAGUUCAGGCUUGUUCCUUUUUCAGUCUAGUUCCUCUUUCCUUUUCUAUUCACUCUGCUGCUCUACCAGUUUUUUUCCUCCUCAUAUUUUUUUUUUCUUUUCCUACUGGAACUGUGCAUUGGAAUAAGAGAGAGAGAGAGUGUGUGUGUGUGUGUGUCCGCAGAAAAGAGGGAGGGGGCUCUUGCAGUGUCCCUUUAAAAUUAUAAAGACCCUUGUCUUUCUCUCUCUCUCUCUCUCUCUCUCUCUCUCUCACCCCCUGGCUCUCCAGUCUUCCCCUCUCAGGUUCAUACUGAUCCCCAAGCAAAUUAGAGGCUCUUCCACCAUUUAUCAGACUUCCCUUCAUGACACCCUUACACUAACUGUCACAUAAACACACACACACACACACACACAUGCACAGGGGCCAUCACACACAAGCCUUCAAUAAAAACAGCUCGCAGGCUAAAGGCAUGUUGGUAAUCGCCCGAUAUCUUAAGAGUAAAAAGACGCACAAAGAACAUUUAUUCUCUGUGUGUGUAUGUGUGUGUAUGUGUGGGAGACCACACACGCCACAUUGAUAAUUGAAUUUCAGUUAAAAUAAAAAAUGGAAUAAUAAACUGUUCCACACUGUAGUGAACGUGUGGAGAAUGAAUGUGUCCAGAGCAGAAAAGGUGAUAAACUGUUCAGUUCAAGUCUGUGUGGAACUGAAUCCUGACCUGGAGGCAAACCAAGAGCUGAUGUAGGAGUUAUAAUCCCCCACUUAGACUACACACGACAGAUCAUUUGUUUGUUUUUUUAAGAGAAAGGGAGCCUGAGAGUUGUACAUGUACAUUUAUACAGCACAUCUCUAGUCCUAGUGACACUCUGCCCCGAAAAAGAACCCAAAUAUGUUUUUAAUGCUAUUACGGUUGCAAUGACUGAUUCCAGUUCUCCUUCAUUAGAACACAAUGUCAAUAUGAGGAGCUUUAUUUUCAGCACCCUGUCAACAGUAAUUCAUUACAUAAUUGAAAUUGUCAUUUGAAAUGUCAGAUACUUUUAAUCACUGUUUUUUCUUCUCUUUCAGGGAUUUCAGAAAAAAAAAAUCAAAAACAAAACAAUUGAACAGAACUACGUCCAAAACCAGAAGAAGAUUUUCAGUCAUUUUCCUUUGGCUUCCCUUUGGCCCUGGGUCAAGCACAUCACAGCAUCCACUUCCACUUUUACAAAGGCGUUGUCACCACUAUCUCUAAACUGACGAAGACAUGUGUUCUACGACUGACACCUGACAAUUUGUUCUUUGUCCUGUCUGGUAAAGUGGCCAAUGGAGGUGUCAGCAUGUGGUGUGAACUGUCCCAAGCUAAUUUCUUUGAUGAGUACCAGAUAGAGGGUGUGUCCCCUGAGGACAAUGAGAUCUGUCUGGAGGUGGCUCCAGAGAAUCUGUCUAGAGCCCUAAAGACUGUACAGAAUGCCAAAGCUGUUAAGGUGAAACUGACUAAGAAGCACUGUCCCUGUCUGACCAUUGCUGCAGAGCUGCCCACUCUGUCCAGCAUAGGUCGAAUCGUCACACACGACGUUCCAGUUGAUGUUAUCCCUCGAAGGCUUUGGCAUGAAUUCAAAGAACCGAGCAUGCCAGACUUUGACGUCAGCAUCUUCCUUCCACAUCUAAAAACCAUGAAGAAUGUCGUAGAUAGGAUGAAGAAUCUCUCCAACUUCCUGGUAAUUGAGGCCUCCCAGAAUGGACAGAUGAACUUGAAGAUAGAGACAGACUUAGUGUCUGUGACAACACACUUCAAAGAUCUGGGAAAUCCUCCAUGGGGUGAUGUGGCCUCUCAGGAAGGCCGGGCUUCUCAGAGCAGAAACCCAGACACCAUGGCUGAGGCCAGAGUGGACAUCAGGAGGCUGCAGCAGUUUCUCAUGGGACAGCAGGUCCAGCCCAGUAAAGCAAUGUGCAAUAUCGUCCACCACAAAGUUGUGCACCUGAUUCUGCUGCACGAGGACAUGUCUCUUCAGUAUUUCAUUCCCGCUGUAGUACAGAGUGGAUGAUCAGCUGACCAUUGACAUUUCCUUUGGUCACUGUGAGUUUGAGGAAAUUGAAAAACAAACUGUUGAUAGUGGCAUUGUUUCCCCUGUUGUUCAAGGGUGAAUACAGGAAAAGGAAGCAGAUACAGAAGCACGCAUUUGUGCAGCACAGCAGGACAUAAUGGAAAAGACAUAAGAAAAUUAUUUGUGAAGAUGUUGUUUGCAAAGUUCAAGUGUUUUUCUGCAGUAAAUGAGUGAAAUUUAUUUUUUUAUAUUUUUAUAAAGUAGUAAACUAUUUGUAAUUUGUAA